UUCAUGACCUUUCUCUUAGAUUCAAAAAAAGAUGGAGAUGUUAAUAUUCAUCAUAUCUUCAACUUUGUUGUUAUCUAGCCCUUGCCAUGCUGACACAAAUGAGAAUACCGGUUUACAAUGUUCUGAAUCUGAUAGGGCUACCAAUAGCAGUGACUACGAAGUCAAUCUGAGCGGUAUGCUGAAUUCACUCGCUGCAAAUGGGCCUAUCCACGAUGGCUUCUACACGACCGAAGCCGGAAAAGGUGCUAACAAGAUCUAUGGCCUUGCACAAUGUAGAGGUGAUAUUUCCGCCGCAGACUGUGCCGCCUGCAUCAAGAAUGUUACCACGGUACAAGGCUGCUCAAACAGUAGAAAAGCUACGAUUUGGUUUACGUGGUGUUUCCUACGAUACUCAAACACGAGCUUUUUCGGAGAAUGGGAUCAAUCAGGAAUGGCAAGUUACAACGAUACCAAUUUUGAAGAUCCAAAAGUGGUCUCGGAAGCACUUAACUUCACGAACACGCUGGUAUCUACAACUCCGAGCCAGCCUUUAAUGUACCAGACUGCAGUAUUGGAUGUUGGACAGAACGGAAAGAGGUAUGGCAUGGCUCAAUGCACCAGAGAUCUCAGCAAGAGUGAUUGUGGUAUGUGCUUGGAAUUUCAAUUGGUGACUUACAAAAACUCAGUUGGAAAUAAGAGAAGUUGGGAUAUUUAUGGGUUUAGCUGUAGCUUGUGGUACCGUGAUUACCAGUUCUACAAUAUUUCAACCCCAGCAAAGGGAGGCUCCACAAGAUCCUCACCACAUCAAGUUGCAAUUGGCAUGGCCAUUCCGGCGCUAGUGUUUCUUUUAGUUCUUUAGGUAUUGAAUGCCUCUUUUGUUCACAGAAAACUUGUUUU